CAAACUCGCUCCAAGAACGAAGAUCACUCGGUCUUUUGACAUGCCACUCUUUUCCAAUGUGCCAGCGCUCCGCCUCACCCUAGCCUACGCUCUGAACGAGCCAUCGUGCCUGCUCCCGCACCGAACCAUUCCAACUCUUCUCCCUCUCCCACUACCAAUUGGCCCUUGGCUUCCAUCUGUCAACGCCGCUGGCAAGAAACCCACGAUCCGUGCUCUUGUCAUAGACAAAGACAACACACUAUGUCCACCGGAGACGGUUAAAUUACAUCAUGCAUAUCUGAACAAGAUCGCAAAGAUCAAGGAAAGCGACGAGUUCAGCCACAAUCCACACAGCAUCCUGAUUGUCUCCAACACUGCAGGAAGCUCCUCUGCGCCAGAACAUGAAGCUGAAGCCAAGCAGUUGGAGAAGGAGCUUGGCCUUCCGGUCUUGAGACAACACCCUGACCGCAAGAAACCAUUCUGCGGACCGGAUAUUCUACAAUAUUUUAGGGAUCAUGGUGUUACGCAGGACCCCAAGGAGAUCGUAGUCGUGGGGGACCGAUUGGCCACCGAUGUUCUCCUGGCCCGUGAGAUGGGCAGCUGGAGCAUUUGGACCAGGGACGGCUGGCGCAAUCCCGAAAUGCCCGGGCGAGACUACAGAGGCUUCUUCAGUAGAAUAGAGAGCCGCUUCGAACGAUUUAUGCGAGGUGGGCUGGGAAGGGCAGCUCCCCUACCAAAGACUGUAUCACCACCAUGAGGAACACAGAAGCGGCCUAAAGCAACUUCGACGCCAGCUCAACGCUACCUUGAGCUACCCAUGACUAGGAUCCUUGACGCCUUGCUGGCCGAUGGUGUGAAUGAUCGCUGGGGCUCUGCUAUGCUCAGAAACCCCAUGGUUCUCAACGCUUCAUCAAUUGAUCCCCAUCGACUGAGCUUCCCGAAGUAACAGUCGGCGUCCCUGUGGCCGAGGAAGGGUAUGCAGGAAGAGACUUGGUAUCGCCCAAGGGCGCAGAAAUCACUGCUGGCAACUCGGACACAUUCGCGGGAAGACCAACCUGGCUGGUACUCGUAGACUGCAAUCUGGCCAGCGGCGAUUCGGCUGGGCUACCGAACGGUAUCGAGUUUGUCCUGGCCAUCAAGUCCCUUUUGACCAAGACGCUGUUGUCGGACGUGACCCUCCUGCUGACGAUCUCGGCCACGGCUUCCUUGAGCGAGAACUUGUUCUCCUUGACUCUCACGUCCAUCCUGCCGGAGAAGGGGACCCUCGUCCAAUUGCUUCUGUCUUCGACUACCGGCAGCUCUGCAUCACUUCCGUCUGGGGUAGCCGCAAACAUCAUAAACCUCACGCCCUCAAAGAAGACGGUAUGGCUUGACCCGGAGUUGACGAGGCACGUUGCGCGUUUCAGGUCGAUUUGAUGCCGCGAGCACUUUGCCCGGGUGGAAAUGAUGGCCUCGAUAGCUUCAUCCCUCCCGAUGUUCCGCUCCGACUCGUUCUCAUUGUCUGUGAAGUCUCGGGAGAAGAGACUGUUGAGAUUGGCGCGGCUCGGGUUGGCGUUGUCGUAUUCGAGGAACAGCCUCUUGAGGCAUUGGAGGCCUUGGGGCGACUUGGUGGUGAUGGCGUGGUAUGAGGCGGAGUGGUCGUGGAGCUGGACUUUGCUCAUGCUGGACACGAUCCACGAACAAGCUGCACUGUUUACUCGGUCCUCCGUACUUUGGCGCCAGUUUUCGGUGCCUCUCGGGCAGUUCGUAUCUCUGAUAUGUAUUUCCAGAGUAUAUCCUAACCUAACCUUGAUCGAACAAAGAUGCUUGUUAUGGCCACUG